AUUGCACUGGAAAUGCAUUCGUAUUUGACUUACCUACUCAUAAUCUCAUUACAAGUGUGUCUCAGCCAAGUAGUGCGGCCCGAUGUUGCCAAUGUGGUGCCGUUUGCACUCGCAACGCCACCAAUCCCAUCGAUAUGUGCUGACAAACACUGCGGCUGUUCCACCGCUCCAAUCAACGCACUGCGUUUUCGUUUGCCAUUUAUGGAUAUGAGAAUAGAAAAUGAACAAAAUUUGCAUGUAAUGCAUGAAAUUGCUACACAGCGGCUUUUUGUUUUGCACGGCCGGGAAUUGUACGAAUUGAUUGUAAGUGGCCAGGAGAAACGUUUGUCCCUAAUUGGCGCGCUGGCAGGCAGUGUAAGGCAACAGGAGCCCAUAGCAGCAGAGGUAAUUUUUUGGCGUAAAUAUUUGCUGUUGGUGGUCGCUUUGGAAUACUUUCUGGAGAUUUAUCAAUUGCCUGCUGGCUUGUUGGCGCAAAAUGCUGAAGCAGCAAAGUUGGGUCAAGUAGGCAUCGAUACAAUAACAAAUUUCGAGCCAAUACAACAACUUAUGCUAAACGGUAGAUUUCGUAAGCUGUUUCUGAUCAAUGUAGCCGAGGAACGUGUUAUGCUUUUAACGGCGGUUAACUAUACUAAGCUGCAAUCGAAAUUGCGAACUUAUGAGUGGUCGAAUACAUUUUUCGACGUGGUGGAGGAUCUCACACUACCGGCUAUUCAUGUGUUGGAAGUCGUUGGCACGGCGCCAAAAUUUUUGCUAAGUGGACGUCUUAUCAAACAUCAAGGCAGGACCAUUAUCGUUGUAUACGAAAUAGUUUCCACCGAUUUGCAUCUACGUAAUCGCCAAACUCUCACCAUACCCUCACGCACCAUACACGCUUUCACAUACCGUGGCCGUAAUUAUUUCAUCGGUUGUGCGGCGCAGCAACAGAAGUGCAACUUAUUUAACAUGAAGCGGCAAGAAGCACAAUUCUCGAUAUUUCGUCAAUUCAGCGGUAAAGAUUUGACAUUCGAUCGUUUUGCAGCGGGUGCACACUUUUUGGUGGGUGCCCAUCAACGGGCUGUGAAUAUUUAUCCAACUUCACGGCUGGACUGCUAUGCCAGCUUUAGCGCGAACGAAAGUGACAUCACUGAGAUAAUAACGCACGUGAGCCCACAGGAUGAAUCCUUUGUGCUGCUCAAUUAUCGGCGUCCUUUUCAUACUUUGUUACGCAUUGUAGAAGUUGAAGCGGCGGAUGGACAACGACUAGGUGCUGCGUCUGCGGCGUUAAAUGACACUGGAGUGGAAGAUUUAAGUGACUUACAACAACAUCGCCACCUAUUCGAAGAAACUGUCGAACGUUUGCGAAGCUUGCUAUUGCAACGCAAGUCAGCUAUGGAUGUAUUCCGUAGAGCUGCUGCCAUCGUGCGACCUAAGCUGCAGCGAUUUAAUGCGCCAAAUCCAGUGCGUUUGCAUGCGGGUAACAUUGGAAUUGUAAGGAUUUUGGGUGAGACACUACAGAGUCCAGUACAGCUGAUGAGACGUGUGGAGGCCGUCCGUAUGCCAAAACGUAGCUUGCGUUUUACGCGAGAGGCAUUCCAAAGUAACGGUUUUGUGUUGGAUAUGCCGCGUAUUGCUAAGAUUCGACAGUUAAACGUCGGUAACCUCCAUUACAAUGGCACACUUCUACCUGGUUUCCACUUGGAUAAUAGCUCGAGUAGUCGCCUUCCCACGCUCUCGAUACGCUCUGCCGCCCGCACCAAUUUGAGCACACCGCAGCUAUUAACGCGUCACUCAUCACGCCUAUUUCGCCAAAAUGCCAACGCAUCUGUCGAUUUGCCUAUUAGGGUGCGUGUUCUGAAUGUGGCACGUAUUAAUGAUGUUUCCAUAUCGGAUUUUUUAAAUUCGUUAUUUUUACGUAAUCGUGAUCGUAAGUUAAAGGGUAGUCUGAUAUUGCAAGGCGAGACAAGAGUGGAUGCACUUUGGGCACCUUUACUGAAUAAUUUAGUUGUUGCAAAACUUUUCAACCUAAGAGAGCCGCAAAUUGUGAGUUCGAGAUUGCUGAUAAAUUCAAUAACUGCAAAGGACGUGCAGGUGGAAUUGGUGAAUGGCUUGCAGUUUGAAGAGGAUGUGGCGUUCAGCGGCCGUGAUGACAUAAUUGAAAGUAAGUUAAAGCAUAAACAGACGGCAUCGUUGAUUGAAUAUAGAAUGGUUAACCAAACUUUUUCCAGUCGCCGGGAACAGUGGAAAGAUCAUCUAAUUGCCGACAAGCUAAAUAACGUAACAGCUGAUGAGUUGAUUCUGAAGUCAGAGCUGCUGCAUGAGGUACAUUUUAAAGGCAACAUAUCCUGCAACAAGUUGGUGGUCACCGGCAAGGCAGUAGUAGAAGACAGCCUCCAUAGCACUUUUGUGAAUGAUGCGCGUGAAAAGACGCCAAUGCAGCGUGAUUAUUUUAUCAAGCAUUUGCAUUUGCCCUAUCACUUGCAAGCUAAGAACAUUAUUGUACAAAAGAUCAAUGGCCUUGCCUUCGAUCAGAUUUUUGAUAAACUUUCGGUGGAGAAUGAACAGUUGGUGUUGCGCAAGGAUCUGCUGGUCAAAGGAAAUGUGCAGUUUAUUGAAAAUCUGCAAGUGAAUAAAAUAAAUAAUAUAUCUUUGCCAGAUUAUGUGAAAAAUUUGGUGCGUUUAAAUGAGAAUGCCGUAGUAAAUGGUACUACAAGCUUCCUGCAGGGUCUCACGGUCAAAAAUGCACUACACACGCCACUGAUCAACACCGUUAUUAUGGAAGAUGUCUUCAGUAAUGUGCUCUUAAAAUCGAAACCCCAGCGCAUAACUGGCCACUAUACAUUUGGCAGCUUACGCUUGACAAAUCUGGAUGUUGGAAUUAUUAAUGAUAUACACACAAACACAUUUAUAGAUACGCGCACAGAAAACCUUACUUUGCAUGGCGAUAUUAUAGUACCAAAGUUAACGGUACACGGCGAUAUAAGUGGCAAUUUCGAGAAUACUUUCCAAUUCGCGACACUCAAUGAGCAGCUGCAGCAGCUAACACAACGACGCUGGCGAAAUUUAGUGGUGCACGGCAAUGCUUACUGGAAUGAUACAGCGAUGAGCAGCAGCAGCAUCAGCACGAAACAAUAUGAACAACUGCAAUAUUUGUACACACACGCGGUGCGACGCAGUGGUGAUCAGGCGAUUUCUGGCACCGUAUACAUGACACAACCGCUAAUUAGUAGAAUGCGCACGCGCACCACAUUCCCCAAUGGUGUGGACCUUGCGCACAUAGCGCGUGAUUGCCUAUUGAAGAACACAACAGCGCCGCAGACGAUAGUAGGCGCCAAAUUUUUCCACAAACCCUUACGACUGCAGCGCGCUUUGGUUGAGGGUCCGCUGGCGAUUACUACUCUUAACGCGGUAGAUGUGCAACUCUUCCAUGCCUCCCUCUACCGGCGCUCGAGCGGCGUGCCUAUUGGCGGACCUUUAUACUUCAAGGUAGCACCCAUUAUUAUAAUUAUUGGACAACUGAUUGUGCAAGGUCAAGUGAAUGGCAUGCCAACGUCACAGGUUUAUACGCCAGCAAGGGGUGCGUUGCCACCAAUAAGCAUGCAUAAUUUGGUGAUCGAUGACGUGCUGCAGAUCGGCGAUAUUAAUGGGCAGAGCUUUGAUUAUUUGCUGAAAAAUAGAAUAAAGCUAAAUGGUGAGCCACAAGAAGUGCAAGGCUACCUGAUAUUCGAACACCUGGUGACCAACAACGAAACACUACUGCAGUCCAUCAAUGGCGUGCCGAUCGAUGAUUUGAUAUACAAGAAAAGCGAUCAACUGCAAGUGAUCGCCGGUCAAAAGUUGAUUGAUGGUAAUAUAAUCUUCAAUGGGCCCUCGCAUGUGACGCGUUUGAAUGGGCAACGGCUGGUGGACGCAUAUCAGCAAAGUAUUUUCUCUACGGCGAACUAUCAUUUCGAUAAUCUUACCAUAGAUCAAGGUAUAUUUGUGAAGGGCUUAGUGCUUGUUGCCGAUAUGCCGCUGCACGCUAGAGGGCGCACGUUGUCUAAUAGUACUGCAGACCCAACCGAAGACAAGGAGGCGGCGCUAUAUGAAGCGAACUUACUUGAGGAGCAUACCAAUCAGCUGGCAGGCGACGACGCUUUCCGCGAACAGCUAACAAUUGCCGUUAAUCAGCUGAGCAAUCUACUCAGCGCGCAAAAUGCCACCAGUUUGCUGGCUGAUGAGCAAAAAGCACAUCUGCUAUACCUCGACUUCGACUUCGAUACGCAGGUACUGCGGCAGUACGCUAACGAAAGUCUGGAUGAGACCUUCCUCUACGAACAGCGGCAUGUAACCCCCUGCGAGCAUCGGUUUCUUCAAGUGCUCUGCGCUACACACUCUCGUCUCUUCAUUACAAAUGUUACCACGAGUUUUUUGUACGCCAGCGCUGGUGCGAUAUCGGCGAAGGCACAAAACUAUUGCGGCGAUCGUUUUAAGAAAGUAAAGAGUAAAAUUACCGUUAACGGCUUGAAAAUUUCAAAAGUAUUUGUCAUGCGAAAAUAUAUUGAGAGCAUUGAAAUAUUUAUGGAUACUAAGAAUCAUACCUACCUGCUGUUGCAUGCCAUCGAUGAGGCGCGCAAUCGCAAUGAAGUGCGCGUGCUGCGUAUUGAUGAUGCGCUCGACGAAGUUAAAGAUUGGCAAACCAUACCUUUUGGUAUAGGCGAGUCAGUGCAACUCUUUCAGCUCGAUAACUUAACGGUGUUGGCUAGCGCUGCUUUGGUAGGCAAUCAGCAAGCUGUCAGCAUUUACCAUUUCAUGCCACAGACGGCGCACUUUAAACUCGCGCAAGUCAUCGAUGGUCCCUAUGAUGUUAUGGCGCUGGUAGCUGUAGAACCGCAUCACUAUCAAUUGUUACUGAGUUGCCAUAAGUGUCAGUAUGUGAAUGUUUAUGAUUUGAGUAGCGCGCCAGUAGAUUCGUAUAAACUUUUCCAGCUCAUUAAGUUGCCAAUACGCGUUGAUAAGUUGCACUCGUUUGCGAUGAGCGAUGGGGAACAAUUUCUGUUGAUUUUGGGUGAGCAGCAACAGGAUUUUUACCAUUUGUACAAAUAUGCCUCCAUACAGGGUUGGUUGCAUAGUUCUUUUGGCUAUUUUCGCAAUAUACAAUUGGCUGUGCCGUUGAGUGGGAAGUUGGCGCAAUCGAAGGAUACUGAUUUGUUGCUGCUGUUGUUGUGCGGUGGCGGCGAAAUGGAAAGAUGCAGUGUGGUGCCCGCUAUCACGCAAAUAUAA